CAUACUUAAUUCUCAGCAACUCUUCAAAAUGCCGGCGCCAACAGCCCUUUUGCGGAAGCCACAAGAGCUCGCUGAUGCUGCAAACAUUCCUCUUCCCACCCAAGAUCAAGAUGACGAGUUAUUACUGGAUGCGCCGAGUGAAAUGCCAACAGAAGCCGAUACAGUCCAGCCAGUAGAAGGAGACACAGAAAUGCACAUAGAUGAAGAGGGAAGACCUAGAUUUGCGCCUGCAAAGCAAGCUCAAAGCGAUUUCCGAGUCGAGACGAGAAAAGUCCCCAUCCCACCUCACCGCGUCGCACCUAUCCGAGCAGCCUGGCCAAAGAUUUACCCACCACUCGUCGAGCAUCUCAAACUCCAGGUCCGAAUGAAUGUCAAGAGCAAAUCUGUCGAGCUUCGAAAUCACAAGCAAACCACCGACCCAGGAGCACUUCAAAAGGGCGAAGAUUUCGUAAAGGCUUUCAGCUUAGGGUUCGACGUCGAUGAUGCUAUUGCACUGUUACGAUUAGAUGAUCUCUACAUUGAGACAUUUGAGAUCAAGGACGUCAAAACGCUGCAAGGCGAGCACCUUGGCCGGGCUAUUGGUAGAAUCGCUGGCAAAGACGGAAAAACGAAGUUCGCUAUUGAGAACGCAAGCCGCACUCGGGUAGUCUUGGCAGAUUCGAAGAUCCAUAUCCUGGGUGGAUUUAAGAACAUUCACAUUGCGAGAGAGGCAAUCGUCAGCUUGAUCUUGGGUAGCCCUCCUGGAAAGGUGUAUGGAAAUCUGAGAACGGUGGCAUCGAGGAUGAAAGAAAGAUUCUGAGUGUUUGGCGGAAAUUUGCAUUCACAUGGCGUUGGUGGGAACUGGACAGCAUGAAAAGCUUGGGAUUGAUAUGGAGUUCUUUGCUGUGAGGCACAUCAAAUAUAUCCUCGAACCCAAUCUACAAAUUCAAACAAACUCUCAGACUGCUAAGCAAUUAUUCAUUGCUUUCGUGCUUUCUCUGCUAAUCAUCAAAGCACUUGAUUUUGUUGGGUAUUGAACUUUUAAAGUUUGACGAUUUCAACGCAGAUCAAGAGGCUGUCUCAACUUCUUUAUCAUAGACGGUCAUUUCAGCCAAGAACAUUAAUGCUUGGCGUUGUGAGUGUUUGAGAAGUCAACAACCCAGUAGUAGUAAAAGCCAAUUAGCUUUUUUGUUUCUUGGAAUUUGGAAUUUGGAUAUUUGAGGGGAUUUCUUGGGUUAUCGAGGGGAAAUCGAGGGAGAUUGUAUAUAUGUUGAAAGU